AUGGCAACGGCUCCAAGACGGAUCAGAUCACGAGAUCAAUCAAAAUCAAUGCGUUCUAAUUACGUCCCUUCCCCUUCCAGAUCUAGAGAUAAUCCUCUUCCUCGACAUGGUCUGCACUGCACGGCAUUUCUGUCCUACAACCAGGCGCACAUUGGAUCGAUCGACCCUUUUUUUCUAGACACACCCCAGCGAAAGGUAGUCCUCCUGGGGAUCCAACGCAUACCAGGAGAUUUCGCUGUUGUCGCCGAGCUGGUCGAACUUGCGUGUCUUGCAGUGAUGACGCAGCAACAACCGGUACUGGCAUUCUCUUCGGGAGGGUCAGAGCCGGAGAAUCACUCGAGGAGUGCAACGUGUCGGUAUGACGUCCUAACCAAGUCGGUGGAUUUCUUGGAUACAUGGGGUCCUGGAUACUUCGUUCACAAUAGGGCCGAUCCUCGCAAGAUCCACGCCAUCGCGAUAGGCGGUGGACAUGUCCUGUUGGCCGACAGCGAGACCUUGCGCUUCCACUGGGCCAAAGGAUCAUUACUAGACAGCGCACCCCAGGCCACUUUCGAUGCCGACACGAUGAUGAGAAUAGGAACCGCCGUGAGCAUCAACCAAAAUUGCAGUAUGGACGAAUCCACGUACAGAAAGAGCUCGUUUUGCGCCUUACAGCCACUCGACACCCAGGGAGUGUUUUGGGAGGCUCAGGAAAGACAAGCCGGGUUCCAAGGCGGGCAGUAUCUUACAGGAACCUACAGCCAGACCUGGAAUAAAAUCCCGGGAAUCACCCUCAAGCAACGCAGCCUUCAACGCUCCGAUUGGCACUUGGUCAGUUUCUGCACCAGCGUCGCUCGCCGAGUGUCCCUGCGCGAGCUCGUCACCGAUCUUCUCCCGACGUUCGUCAAUCCCCUCGAGCAGGACACCUGGGACGAACUUGUCAACGUCCACCACAUCGUCCAGAACUUCACCCGGGGCAAUCUUUUUGACUGGCUCCGCACCCUUUCGCCCCGCCUGCAACGGUACGUGUUCGCUCUCAUCCGCGCCAUCCUCGAACAACUCCAGCACACGGGGCUGGACCGGGGGAACGCCACUCUGGCAAUCGCCUGGCCUCAAGAGGGCGACCUCGAACGCGGCCUGAAGAUCCCCUGCAAAGCGCAGACCUGUUGGGCACAAAUCAUCGCCGACGCGGAAGAUUGCGCCACCUUUGCAUACGUCACGUCAAAGCGCCUCGAGACGAACCAGGUGAAGUGCCGGGGCGUCCAGAGAGCGUGGCAAAACGCGAGCAAGGCGCUGGUGACCGAGGUAAGCCGCAGCCAGCCCGAGGGACAGCCGAUCCCAGCUCGUCCGGACCAUGUCAUCGACACCGCCGCCGCCGCCUCGGCGACCACGACGACAACCAUUUCGGCGCAGACGGCCUGGCAGCUGGAGGACCAGAAGACCUACUACAUCAAGAAACUCGACUCUCUGCUGCGCGUCAAGGUUGAAAAACCGAGGUCGGCCAGCAACGACGUCGCGCACUUGGUGGUGACGAGCAGCAACAUCCCGCGGGCCCGGUGGAAGAGGUUGCUGGUGAGGGAGAAGGAAAGGGGCAACUGUCGGAUCAGGGAGCGGCAGGCGAGUGGGGACUGCGCGGAGCGUGUUAUUGUCAGGGCCGCGCUGAUUGGGACGUAA